CCCUGUCCCUCCCGUCUCAUUCCUAUUCCAGGCAGAGCGCCCUACCCUCUCCCUGCUUCCUUGGCUUGGUUUGGGGAGGAUACCCUGCUGUGCUCAGGACUUACUCCUGGCUCUGUGCUCAAAGGAGCCUUCUUGGCGGUGCUCGGGGGACCAUCUGCGGUGCCGGGGGAUCCAACCAGUUGGGCCAGGGCCAAGGAACAGGGGCUGGCGACACCGAGCGGAGUCAUCCCCCCAGGGGGCCAGGCCAGCGACCCCAGCCCUGCGAGUUGCCAGGACCCGCCCCACCAGCCCCACUUUGCACCUGCCACCGCCCGGCCAGCCGCAGCUCCAUGGACCAAGCACAGACAAUCUCAGACCAUCCUCUUCCCACCCCCAACUCCCAGCCCGAGAAGCAAAGGACGUCUGUGAUGUCUUUCUUUUCCAAGGUCUCUCGGAAACUCAAGACCCAGAAGCGGGACUCUCUGAAGAAUGUGUUUUUCGUCUUGGCAGAAAAGGCCCAAGACCCCAGUGCCAAAAAGCGUCACAUGGCAAUGAAGGGCCUGGGGACCAUGGCCUCUGAGAACCCCGGCAAGGUGAGGAAGUAUAAGAAAGUUGUUCUGGACCUGCUGGUGCACGGACUGUAUGACCCCAUGAGUCUCGAAGUCAUCUACGAGAGCCUGAAGACGCUGACCGUCAUCCUGGGCAAGAUCCGGGGGAAGGGCCUGGGCUCCUUCUUCGUCGACAUCACUCUGCAGACCCGGACUUUGUUAGAUGAUGAGAACGACAGCUUGAGAUACUCCGCGUUCGUCCUGUUUGGGCAACUCGCCGCAUUUGCAGGGCACAAGUGGAAGAAGUUCUUCGCCAGCCAGGUGAAGCAGACUCAGGACUCCCUCCUGAGCCACCUGCAGGACCGGAACCCCCAGGUCGCCAAGGCUUGCAAGACAACUUUUCGAGCCUGUUCCCCGUAUCUGAAGCAAAAGGAGCAGAGCUUCCAGACUGAGGAUGAUCAGAGGAACCCCAAACUCAGCAGGCAGCUGAGCCACUACCACCCCGAGCUCCUGCAGUUCUUCUAUGCCAAUAAAAUUCUGUGAACACAGUGGGAAUGGUUCCGAGUGAGCACAUCUGGGGGCAAGGGGCCGAGUACUCCCCCCUCUUUUUUCUUUUUAACACUGUGGAUGCUUCUGCUUAUUUCUCGGUGUGGGGGGAGAGGGGGCAUCUAGAAAAGGGAGUGCAGCGGGGGGCUGACACCAUCCAGUGGGGUUGUGUAAUGACCUGUAGAGUCAAUUCUAAAUUCCUCUCACGUGUCUCGUUUCUCUCCCCACACAGAUCUGAUGGCCAGGGACACGCUUCCUUGAUCUAACGCACAUGUAGGCUUAGCUCUCCGCCUUCCCUCAGCUUAAGUUCUGUCCACUUUACCUUUUGGUUUGAAUUUUAAAAAAUGACUGAGGCUUGGAAGAAUACCUAUUUCACUUUAAAAUGUGUGUGUGUGGGAGAGGGCGGUGGAGGGAGGUGCCUGGGAUCGAACCCAGAGCCUCACACUUGUGAAACAAGUUGCUUUCCCACAGAGGCACAUCCCGGCAUUUCCCGGUGUCUCUGUUUCUGUGGAAUACCCUAGUAUGUCACAAACACUACAGAGGGACCUUACUGUCAUUCUGAGAAGCAAAAGCCCAGAGACAGAGCCAGGACAGAGAGGCGGUGGGCAGAGAGAGGUGUCCCAGCAGGACAGAUGAAGAAGGGGCCCCCAGGGCUAGGCCAGAGCCAGGUUUCUGUCAAACUAUUUAGAAGCUGGGGUGCAUGAGCGGGAGCUCUGCAGGCUGGGGGGGUGACCCCACUCAGGAGCAGGCGGGAGGCGGUGAGCUGACUACCCCACCCCACCAGCAGCCCGCUGGAAGCUGGUCGACCCGUGGGUUUAGAAUCUGGUGCAGUUCUGUCAAAUGAUUGCGAUGGCCUGAGACGUGACCUCCUCUUGCCAGCUCUCUGAAAGGUAGAGGGAGGGUGGAGGAUGCUCCAGGGUGGCACCUGCUAGGAAGCUCUCUGUCCCUGCUUGGAUUCUGAGCAUGGGAGAUGCUGCUAGUGACGUGAAGAGCCCCUGCAGACUCAUUUGGUCCCAGUGACUCAAGUCUCCUGACAUGGAUCUCCUGGUGCCUUCCUCUCUGCCCUUGAGUCCAAGCUGGCUUUGUCACCUGCUUCAAGCACGGGGCGGUGCCAGAAGGUCCCCUGGGCCUAUUCUAGGCUCUGUGGGAAGGGCAGCGUCCUCCUUUGCUCUCUGGGGGAUGCCAGCUGCCAGGGAAGAAGCUGGGCUUCCGGGGACGGGGAGAGUGGGUGGACUGCCGCUCCGGAAGGAGGACCAGGCUGAGCAGACGGAGCUGCCCACGGUGGACAAGCGAGGACCCGAAGGUGCCCGCGCAGGAUCACCCCGGGAUUCUCAGAAUUGGUUCCUUCAUGGCGUUAGUCCCUGGGCCCAUGCUCUGAUCGAAGAGGAGCCUGACAUUCCCUGAGCUCUCGCCCUUCUCUACACCACAGGAGCAACAGCGGCCGCUUUUCCAACCAAGUGUGUGUGUCUAGGGAAAGUGCCUUCUCGGGCCAAGCAUCUUGACUUUCCCCUCAGAGCCGAGGCCAUGCCUCUUUGUCAAAACUUCUCCCCCUCUCUCCUUGGCACCUUUGACUAGUGACUUACAGCCCCUCUCGCUCUUUGGCAGAAUUUGAGACCUGCAUAAUCAUUGUAUCUCCCUCCGCUAUUAAAUCAGUGUUUUCCUUUGCU